AUGGCAACGAUUAUCGUUCGAAGACAACCGCGCAGCAAGGGAUGUGAGCAGUGCAUUGCACGCCGUGUUAAGUGCGACGAGAGGCCCGGGUGCUGUAAGAAUUGUGCUCGUUUUGGUCUCCCCUGCUCAGGAGCAAUUCGCGGUGCAGUCUUUCUCGACAUGACGGAGAAGGUAUCUUGCAGCUCAACGAAGCCAAAGAAGCAAAGGAGGAAAAAGAAAACAGUCGUCCCUCAAGAGAAGACGGGAGAGCCGACAGAGCAGACAGAGCAGCCCACUCCCCCAGAUGAUGCUUCAGAGCAAAAAGGCACUGUUGUGGAGCAGACAAGGUCUUUGGCAGUCCGUUCUGCCGUAUUUCCGACCACUCCGGUUGACCCUACGUGUGACAAUGGGGACGAAGCACCAUGCGCGGAUCUUCUUGAGAUAGAAGAGAAAGGCGAGAGGAGCCAUUGCGACCAUUCGACUGUCCCAAACACUCGGCUCGUUUCCCACUUUGACGACGGAAGUUGCUUCGGCAGGAAGACCUUCAGUUACAACUCAUCCAUCCCUCCACAUCUGGACGCGGCAGCGUACAACGAGUAUUGUUUCGUCGGAAAGUUUGCUCAGCAGCUCCUCAGCUCUCGUCAAAGCUACUCCACCAACAGGCCCAAGUCAUGGAUCCUCGAGCUCCCCCAUCUAGCGGCGACAAACGCGCUACCGUCGGCUCUUAGAUACGCGAUGCACGCGGCGGCACUCCUCUAUCACGCCGUAAUGAAUCACGAUGACAGGGCAAAAGUCGCCUCCUUGAAGUGGUAUCUCGCUGGAAUCCAGAGCUAUCGAACCACGGUACUGGGAUCGAAGCCGAAGAAAGAUGUUGCGGCAUCAGGACCAGCGGAGAAGACUUUGAGGUCGGAAGGGAUGAGCGUCUUGGAAAUUGCAGAGAUUUGUGUCCCAAUCAUGUUCUCCUUCUACGAGGGCCUACAGGGCGCGAGUUCGGACGUAGAGUUUCUUCACCAUGCGGCGGCCACAGAGAUGCUGGAGCGACGCGGUCCAGAGAAAUGUGUCAGUGGCCUCGCUCAUGGCGUGAUGCGCUCACUCAGAGUCCGAGAGGCUUUUUAUUCCAUCAUGCACAAUAGAUCCGCCAACUUUUCCUCCCCUGAAUGGCUCUCUAUCCCCUUUCAGCAAAAACACAAGAUUUGCUACGACAGACUCAUCGACAUCCUCCUCUCGUUUACCAAAGUGCUUCGCCUCCCGUUCCUGAACCAGAAGGGAGCAACACUCAGGCGUUCCGUAAACCGCGUCCACGACCUUUCUACAACCCGCAAAGCCGAUAUCGAGCAGAGAACAAUGAUUCUUUUGGCACAACUUCAGGACUGGUGGCUGCUUUUCAGACAAGAGCACUGCGAAAUCAUCACGUUGAGCCCCGAAUGCUCGCUCAGCCCCGAAAUUGCCCACAUGACCGUCGCCUCUCCCACAUCCGUCCUCACGAACCCGCUCUCCAGCUCGUGGAUGGUCGCCAACAACGAAACCCUCACCGCGAGCAUGCUCUCCCUAUACAGCGCCACCCACAUGAUUCUUCACACAAUCCUCCUCAUCAUCUCACUCUCCAAGGCCCCGUAUUUCAUGGGGCCUGAUGGUCAGACAGAGGUCGAUUCCCACCAAGCCUCGAUCUCGGCAUACGCGACAGGCGUCUUCAACGCCUCAAUGCACCUAAAUAUGAUCAACCCCUUCUGCGGCGACUCCGUCCGGACGAGCUUUUCCAUGACGAUUGUUUCUCAGUUUGCUUUGGAGGAUACGCAGCGGGAUGAAGCUCGGCGGAUACUCGCUCAGUGGAAGUCACUUGGAAUAUCUUUUGCGGAUACUGCUUGUUUCAACGAUACUGUAGCAUACUCCGUACUGGCAGUCGUUUUAGAGGGCGCUGAACAUCACGACUACAGAAUCAGCCCUGCUGCUGCUGUCUCUGCUGCUGCUGUCUCUGCUGCUGCUGUCUCUGCUGCUGCUGCCUCUGCUGCUGCCGCGCCUGUCGCCGCCGGCACGCUCCUUAAUUCUGGAGAUCGCGACAUUGACGUUCGUGGUGUUGUAUGGGCUACGGGCAUUUCCAUCAGGGCACACUGUAAAGGGGUGUGUGGUCAUGGAAGUGCUAGUGUAGGCGCAGCAAAUUCAGACUACUCAUAA